AUGGGACUACUCCUUUUGGCCUACCUUCUUGCGUCCUUCACAAAAGGUAGAAAAAAUGAUAUCAUAUAUGGUGAUUUCAUUUUAUUUAACAAUUUAAACGACGAGAAGAAUUUGCGUUAUUAUGGGUCUGAGUCCCUGGACAAGUGCUACUGGUGGUACUUCCUGAGCGAAGACUUCUUCGAGAUCGUCUAUUUGGAGAAGGAUGGUCCUACCAAAAGGAGGAAAGGGGGGAAGGCGGAAAAGCUGAUGGGGGUGCAAGGAA